AGGGCUGCCCCGGGCCGCAGGUGACCGGGAUGCGGAAGUUCUUCGUGGGGCAGCGGUGUUUCUGGCGCUGGCUGGGCCGCGGAAGCCGUGUCGGUCGCACCGAGCGCUGCAGCUGGGGUCGCGGCCCGCUAUGUGAGAGACGCCGAGGCCCGCAGCACAACACUAAAUUUGUAAUGAAAUGGAGUCUGGGUCAAGCUCUUUUCGAGUGGAAUUUCCAGAUUUUUCUAGCACCAUUUUGCAGAAGUUAAAUCAGCAGCGCCAGCAAGGACAAUUAUGUGAUGUGUCAAUUGUAGUUCAGGGCCAUCUCUUCAGAGCCCAUAAAGCUGUUCUUGCAGCUAGUUCACCUUACUUUUGUGAUCAGGUUCUCCUAAAAAAUAGCAGGCGAAUAGUGCUGCCUGAUGUGAUGAAUCCAAGAGUGUUUGAAAACAUUCUUCUGUCUACCUAUACAGGUCGACUGGUAAUGCCUGCUCCAGAAAUUGUUAGUUACUUGACAGCAGCAAGUUUCCUUCAGAUGUGGCAUGUAGUGGAUAAAUGCACCGAAGUGUUGGAGGGGAAUCCAACAGUUCUCUGUCAAAAGAUGAAUCAUGGCAGUGAUCAUCAGUCCCCAAGCAGUAGUAGUUACAAUGGCCUUGCUGAAACCUUUGAACUCGGCUCUGGAGGACAGACGGAAUUCCACAAAGUGCAGGAACUGAGGGAUGGUGAAAAUGAAGAAGAGAGCUCUAAAGAUGAACUGUCGUGUCAACUGACAGAACAUGAGUACCUUCCCAGUAAUUCUUCAACAGAACAUGAUAGACUUAGCACAGGAAUGACAAGUCAGGAUGGUGAAGAAGGAACUAGUGAUAGUGCAGAGUAUCAGUAUACCAGACCUAUAUAUAGCAAACCCAGCAUCAUGUCUCACAAGCGAUGGAUCCAUGUGAAACCAGAAAGAUUUGAACAAGACUGUGAAGGUGUUGAUAAUCCUUAUGAUGAACACCAAGUUUCUGAAUCCGUGAAUGCCAUUCAGGCAGAUCAUUCAAUCCAGUCUUCAGGUGUUGAAGACUUUCAUAUAGCUGACAAAAAGAUGGAAGCAGAAUUUGAUGAACAGGCAGAUGAAAGUAAUUAUGAUGAACAAGUUGAUUUCUAUGGCUCUUCUAUGGAAGAAUUUUCUGGUGAAAGGGCAGAUGGAAAUUUAAGUGCUCACAGACAGGAUCUUAUGAUAGCAGCAGGCUAUGGUGAAGGAAUUGAAAUGGCUGCAGGAAUUAAAGAAGAAACAUCCCUCACUGGAUUCUCACAUGCUGAUAAGCUGUAUCCUUGUCAGUGUGGCAAAAGCUUUACACACAAAAGUCAGAGAGAUCGACAUAUGAGUAUGCACCUUGGUCUUCGACCUUAUGGCUGUGGUGUCUGUGGUAAGAAAUUCAAAAUGAAACACCAUCUUGUUGGCCAUAUGAAAAUUCAUACAGGCAUAAAACCGUACGAGUGUAACAUCUGUGGGAAAAGAUUUAUGUGGCGGGACAGUUUUCACCGGCAUGUGACCUCUUGUACCAAGUCAUAUCAAGCUUCUAAAGCUGAGCAGAGUACUACUGAGAUGAACUGAGACAUUAGUGCUUACAUUUGUUUAGAAGAGUAAUCAAAAUAAACGAAUUAUGCAAAUAGUGUCUGGUACUUGCUAUUGUGAAAUUUAAUUUUUUUAAAAAAGUUUCAAUAAUUAUGCUGGUAUGAGCAGACCAAAGUUUUUAUUUUCCACAGUAUUAUUCUAGGUGUUCAGCAUGUGGCGUAGAAAUGGUUAAUCAGAAAGGUGCUUGCAAAAUGAGGUCAAUAAGGUCUUUAAGAUACUGAUUAUCAUCACAAGAGUAUUUAGAAGUCCUGUUGUUUUAGUAAGUCUUCCAAAUUCACAGUAAAACCCAGCUCUAAAUUGACCCAAAUUCUGCAAAUAUUUACACGAAGCAGGAACUGGAGUAGCCUUACUGAAAAAGAGAAUUAGGAUAACCGUACCAGGCUACGUGGGCUACCUGUUAAUAAAAUUCUUGUGAUUCACAUUUUAAUUAAAAAAAAAAAAGUGACCUCAAACUGGAGAUUGCCAACAUAUUUAACAUGUAUCAUUAGUAGCCUGCAUCACUAAAUAUCACUUACUGUUUUGCUUAAUGAAAGGCUGUGUUAAGUGAUUUGGUUUCCUUUAUCUGUCUUCCAUUCUUUUUCCAUCUUCAGUGAAACAAAUAAUUGUUUAAUUUUGUACUAGUUUCUAUUUAAAGAGUCUGUAAAGCACUUAAAUAUAGUUGUGCACCAUGUAAACUUAAAUCUGUGUUAAAUAUAAUUUAGUUGCCUCCUGUAGGGCCUAAUGCUGUAUGAUGCUUGGCUUAAUUUUGGUUGCUACAUAAUGAGAGCUUUUAAAGUGUGUGUAAUAAAUAUACCUUGUCAAAACAAACAAAAAUAGGUGUAACAUUUGGAAUUCUCCCUGAAUACUCAAAAUUCUAAACCCUAGCUUUAUAUUCAGAUUUUUUUGUCUUAACUACAGUAGCAAGUACCAAACUCCAUAGCUUCAUGAAUUGAUUUUUUUUUUUAUUGGUACAAAAUCUUGUUUGAGAACUUCUAUCUAGUUUUAGAACAUGCUUUAGGAAAAUUAUUUAGACGUUGAUAGGUGUUUUUACUCUUAAUUCUUUACUCUUUGAAUAGUAAGAACUAUAAUACAGAUUCUUGGUACUGAACUACUGUGACUGGUUACAUGUGAUCAUAAGCAGCCAGAGCUGUUUACAUCUUCAAAUGAAGUUGCUUGUGGGGAAAAAUGUAGAAAGUAUGGCAUUUGGAUCUAUUAAUGGUACUGCAAAACAUGGUACCAUGCUCAUGUCCGAAGUCUGGAUUUUUGCUGGGAAAGUGGCACCUCUCAUUCAUUAGGAUGAGGAUUUAUAUCCUGUGCUCUCAUUCCUGGAGCUAUAUAGAGGAGUGUUUGUAGUUUUGAGAGAUGCUGCCAGCUCUGCAGGUAGAGUGAAUGCAUCAAUUUUAAAUGUGACAGGAUUUGGGGUUUGAAAGCUUAGUGCAUUCCUAUGCAAAAGCAAUUAACCCUUCUCUGUAGUUUACUGAAAUAUAAAAAGGAAAGAGCCUUUAGAUUAUACAUAGGCUAUAAUAGGAAGGAGUGAUGCCCAAAUACAGUGCUGGGGGAAAUAAAUUAACCAGCGUCAAAAGCCUUCUAAGUCUGUCUGGCCCCAGUUUAUGUAUUAGAUACUGCAAUAGGCAGGAUCACGUGCUUAAACAGAUGACCCUGUAGCAAAAACACACUAAGGUAAUUCCAACCUGGAUGCUUUAUUGAACUCCCAAUUACAAAUUGUCUUAAGAUACAACCAAACUGUAUCCUGAACGUGAAUAUCUAGUGCAAGCUGGGGUUUAUAACUCAGUGGGCUGUAAUUACUGUAACUUCUUUUCUGGCAUUCUACUUACAAACUUUAAUUUUUUAAGAGGCUCUUAAUUCUUAAUCUUCUAAAGCUUCAGAUAUUUUUUCAUAUGGAAUUUUGUUAAAACAGAUAUUCCCAAAUAUGAUGAAACCAUUGCUGGCAAUGGGCAUGAAUGGUCAGCACCAAGGAGUUCAUAUUCUUAGCACUUGAUUGAACUCUAUAACAUACCAUGGUGGCCAAAUAUAUAACCCUUGUACUCAAGGUAACUAAACAGGGAUUUGCUCACUAACACUGUAACCUGCUUAAUGUAUAGAAGCACUUUGUAUUUAAGAAAAAAAAAAAACUUUAUAACUAUGUUUUUUAAACUUAGAAACUAUAUUCCCUUUAUGGUUUUGUUUCCACACUGCUAACACUGUCUUUUUUAAUAUUAAGAAAAUUACAAUGUUUGCCUGUUUACAUGAGUGUAGAGGAAAAAAUUCUUGCACUCACUGGCCCUAAUUGUCCAUUCUCCAAGGCCUUAUUACAUACAGGGUGUCAUUUCUUCAAGUACCAUCAUCACAUUUGAGGAAGGUAUUCUUAUACUCAUUUUAUGAAUGAUCUUGUAUAUUACAUUGGUUCUCAGACCCUUUCAAAUUGUCGCUUUAGUAUUGCAUAAAAAGGUUAAGGGUGCCUCUUCCCAUUUAACGAUUAAAAAGGCUGUUAUGAAGUGCCAGGCUGUGAAACCUGGUCAAGCAAAAAAAUCUAUCUGUUAAUCCCAGACCAUCCUACAGAGCUGCCAGCAAAACCGUUACUUUUACCAGCUUGGAAUGACUUUUAUACAUGACAUUUCAAAGUUGAAUGUUGCUCCUUUUUGCAGUUAGAUUACUUUGAAAUAAUGCUUUAAAAUGUACUGAGAGAGACGCUUUAAAGGUUUUAUAACAGGUCCAGUAGAUAAUAUUAUAGAACCAUGUUCUUUUUAGUGAUUUAGCAUGAAUAGUAACUUUUAUAUGUUUGCCUGUUACUCUUUACCCCAUAUUAUGACAUCAUCACGGAAUUCCAGCAAUUGUUGCUACACUGAUUUUUGUAACGCUUGGCUUUCUGAUAUUGAUUUACAUGAAACCAACUGAUUGAAGGGAAGUACUGAUUUAUUACAAGAUCUAAUUGAGAGGAUUGAGGAUUUAAGUGAAACUUGAGUUAUUUCUCAAAAAAAAAAA